UUGCAGUUUGAGCAAAAUUAAGCUGUUUUUCGGUACAUUUUGCGACUAAACCAAGCCAAAUCAAAUAUGACAAAUAACUCCUAGUUAUAGCUUGGGUCUUCAACUAUAAACGCGAGGAAGGUUUUUUUUGAAAAAAUAAAUUUUUGAUAUCAUAAAAAAGUUAUUUCGUAACCCCUUUCUACAAAAUUCAUGAUUCCGGGUCAAGUUUAGGUACAAUUUUCUACUAAGAAUAAAGUAAUUUAAUAUUGAUUUAUUUUUUGUAAAUAGGCAAACAUAGUCAAGAUUAAAUGUGAGGAAAAAAAAUACAGUAUUGUGCUAUGAAUAAGGUUAGAAAAAAUAAAAACAAAACCAAUUUUUUUCACAUAUUUUGCUACUAACGAUGAGUCUUAACAGCUUGAAAUAGGGGUUAUUUUAUUUGUAUUCCUUCCGACCCACGAUUGUGCGAAAGCCUCAUUCUGAGUCAGUCUGCGCUCGGCCGCCGUCGUGAGAGGACACUGUAUCGCUCGUUUCCAGCUGCUCGUGUUGAAAAAGAUCGCUGUAUAAAUACAAAAUAUUCGACUAACCAAAUUUGAUCCUUCUAAGGUAAGAUUAUUGAUUUUUAUCAUUACACCAAAAUAUUAUGCAAUAUUGUAAAUAUUUCACUAAAAAAUAACGUUUCAUCGCACGUGAUCAUGAAGUACUUUGGUGACUGCUAACGUGGAGUGACCUGAAGGUAUAUCCUCGGUGUCUGCUACUGGAACUCCGCGACGAAUAUAUCUAGGUGUACCGAGUUUGGGCUCGUUUUGUUAGCUAUGAUGAGACCUUACCACCGGACUUGAUGGAGUGACCUGAAGGUAUACCCUCGGUGUCUGCUACUGGAACUCCGCGACGAAUUGAGUCAGAUGUACCGAGUUUGGACUCGUUUUGUGUGUUAUGAAGAGACUUUACCACCGGACUUGAUGGAGUAACCUGAAGGUAUACCCUCGGUGUCUGCUACUGGAACUCCGCGACGAAUAGAUCUAGGUGUACCGAGUUUGGGCUCGUUUUGUUAGCCAUGAUGAGACCUUACCACCGGACUUGGUGAAGUGACCUGAAGGUAUACCCUCGGUGUCUGCUACUGGAACUCCGCGACGAAUAGAUCUAGGUGUACCGAGUUUGGGCUCGUUUUGUUAGCUAUGAUGAGACCUUACCACCGGACUUGAUGAAGUGACCUGAAGGUAUACCCUCGGUGUCUGCUACUGGAACUCCGUGACGAAUAGAUCUAGGUGUACCGAGUUUGGGCUCGUUUUGUUAGCUAUGAUGAGACCUUACCACCGGACUUGAUGAAGUGACCUGAAGGUAUACCCUCGGUGUCUGCUACUGGAACUCCGUGACGAAUAGAUCUAGGUGUACCGAGUUUGGGCUCGUUUUGUUAGCUAUGAUGAGACCUUACCACCGGACUAGAUGAAGUGACCUGAAGGUAUACCCUCGGUGUCUGCUACUGAAACUCUGCGACGAAUAGAGUUAGGUGUACCGAGUUUGGACUCGUUUUUUUAUUAUUUUUUUUUUUUUUUUUUAUAAUAAAAUGUUUGAGUACAUAAUAACUAUGAAUAUUCAAUUGUUGUUAUAGAUGCCGAGAAGUCGAACGUUUGGCAAAAGCUCUCGUAAACAAGUGCUUUCCAGAAAAAAUGCAUUGGAAAAUAUAAGACGGUAAUCAUUUGUUUAUGGAAUGCUCAUCAUAAUUGAGAACUGUCAAAUUAAUUCGUUUGUUUUCACAGACUUCGAGAAGUGAGUCGCAAUUCUAGUGACAUAAGUGAGGUGCAUUCAGAAGAAACAGAUUGUAGUACUUCCAAUAACAAUGACUUGGAGACAUCUUACACCGCUGUGGAUGAAGAAAAAGUAACCUAUCAGAUUUCAGGAAGAAGGCUUAUUGAAAUGGCUUAUUUUAUGGAGCAAUUACAAGGAAUCAGCAAUCAUAAGUCUAUGUUUAAUUGUAAUUUGAGUACAAUUGAACUAUUGAGUGAAAAAAGGUCUGGGCUUCACUCGACCUUUUCAAUUAAAUGCAAAAUGUGUGGUGCUGAAUUCACGUUAGAAUCAUCCAAAAAAACUGAAAAUAAAAUGGACGUGAAUGAAGAAAUUGUCGCUGGUAUAAUGACGAUUGGUGCUGGGGUUACACAGCUUAAUACUGUUUUGUGUCAUGUAAAUAUGCCACCAAUGUCAGUACGAUUGUACCAAGCUAAGCAUGACAUAAUAAGUCGGUGGUGGAAAAAGGCUGCGCAGCACUACAUGAUCGAGGCGGGUAAAGAGGAGAAAGACAAUGCUUUAGCUAUUGGAAGUGUAAAUACAGAUGGGUUAGCUAUGAUACCUGUAUCGGGUGAUGCAUGUUGGUCCAAGCGCUCUUAUGGAACCAAUUACAGUGCUUCCUCCGGUGUUGGUGCAAUCGUAGGCAUGCACUCAAAAAAAGUAUUAUAUUAUGGUGUCAAAAAUAAAUUCUGCAAUAUCUGUGCACGAGCAGAAAAUAAAGGGGCAUUACCUAGGAAACAUGCUUGUUUUAAAAAUUUUCAAGGUCCUUCUACCGCUAUAGAAGCAGUUGUAAUAACAGAGGGCUUCAAAAAGUCCAUUGGUAUGCAUGGACUUAUCUACCACCAGUUUAUAGCAGAUGGUGAUUCAAGCACUUAUGCUAGCAUUAGGAACGCAAGGCCUUAUGAUAACAUAACUGUGGGUAAAAUCGAAUGUAAAAAUCAUUUACUAAGAAAUUACUGCAAAGGCCUGCUAGCAAUUUGUAGUAAUACUUCUUUCCACAUAAGGGGCCGAAAGAUUCUGAAAGAAAAUUAUUUGCGUAUACGUUGGGGCAUUGAUAGUAGCGUCAAAUAUUGGUCCAAUAAAAACGUUGCUUUCGAAGAAAAGGCAAGAGGUAUCAAAAAUGAUAUAAUAAAUGGUCCCUAUCAUAUAUUUGGUGAUCACUCCAACUGCGCAACUUAUUUUUGUAGUGAUGACGUCAAAAAACGCAACGUGAAUAAUAUGGUGCCAGAACUGACAGCUUACGGGGUCUUUCAAAAAGUUGAAGAUUUGGCCCAACGUCUUUCACUGCAUUCCUGUAGUUUUGUUUACAAUGAAACAAAUAAUGCAGUGGAAAGUUUUAAUGCACGAGUUGCAAAAUUUAUAGGAGGCAAAAGAGUGAACUUUACCCAGCGGGGGUCCUAUCUUGCUCGUUGUGCUGCAGCCGUGGUGUCCUAUAACACGGGUGUCCUUCAGUCGGCAGUACACAAAUAUAUUUUUGGCACAGAUGCCAAUCCCGAAAUUGUUCGGCUAGAAAAAUUACGCCAAAAUUUAAAUCAAAAAAGGCACAACAGAAAAAUUAAAAAGAAAAAGAAUCCAAAGCCAUCUGCAUCUAAAGAUGCCUAUUAUGGUGAAAGUUGCCAAAAGGUGGACAUGAACGAGGAAGAAUUUGAAGAGGCCAAAAAUAAAUUUUUAAAUGCAUUAGAACUUUCGGAGACUGAAAAGGUAAAUUUAGAAAGGGACACAGUUUUGCAGAGUGGCAGUAUAUUAUGGCUAGAAACUAGAAGGAAACUGCUGACAGCGUCGUGGUUCGCAGCAGUCUGUAAACGUCGCAUAACCACUGAGUGUGGACCACUAAUAAAACAAAUAUUGUAUCAGAAAGACUUAAGCAAUAUCCCGUCAAUAAAACAUGGCAGAAGCAAUGAAGCGACUGCCAUCCGCGAACUUGCAGCGAUCUUGAAUAUGCCCAUUGAAAAGUGCGGGUUGUUCAUAGACCGAGAAUUUCCCUUUCUUGGAGCAACCCCCGACGGAAAGUGUGAGAUUGGAAUAAUAGAAAUAAAAUGUCCAUCUUCGGCAUAUGGUUUGGAGCCAGACGAUGCCAUUAAACUCAAAAAAGUUGAUUUUUGGUUGCCUAGUGAUAAUUUAUUUACGGUAAACAAAAAACAUAAAUGGUAUUACCAAAUACAAGGACAGCUACGCAUUACUAGGCAAGACACUUGCGUGUUUGCUAUUUGGACGGGCCCUGGCAAAGUCAAAUAUGAGUACAUACAAAGAGAUGAACAAUUUUGGAAGGAAAAAAUGGAGAUAAAUUUAAUUAGUUUUUACCAAAAUUGUCUUCUUCCAGAAUUGAUUGACCCAAGAAUGUCACGGAAUAUGAAGCUGAGGGUACAUUCCUCGCACUUAAAAAAAAAUAUUCUAGGGCUGAAAAAUUUGUGAAUAAAUUAAAAUGAAUCCAAAA